GAGCCCCUUCAGUGAAUUUACCCGUAUUAGACGGACAGCUAAGGGUGACAAUGUACCAAUAGAGGCGGGCCAGCCCAUGUGGGCCCAUGGCCAUAAGUGUACCAUGAUAGACGAGUGGGCCGGAGGGUGGUGUGUACCUGUUCCAAACGGAUGGGCCGGUGUGUGCGAUGGAGACGAGUGGGCCAAGGGUACAGGGUACAAUGGAGACGGGUGGGCCGGGGGUAUGGGGUGCACUAGAGUUCAGUGGGCCAGGGAUAUAGGUGUGAUGGGGACGAGUGGGCCGAUGAUGGAAAUUUCUUCCGGUAUGGAAGGCGAAGGUGAAAUGGAUGAUGAGCCGGUAGUACAUGAAAUAGAUGAGCCAGAUGGGGAUGAAAUGGAUGAUACAGAUGAGACGGUAGUACAUGAAAUGGAUGAUACAGAUGAGCCGGUAGUGAAUGAAAUGGAUGAGCAGGAUGGGGAUGACAUGAAUGAUACAGAUGAGACGGUAGUACAUGAAAUGGAUGAGACAGAUGAGACGGUAGUACAUGAAAUGGAUGAUACAGAUGAGCCGGUAGUGAAUGAAAUGGAUGAGCUGGAUGGGGAUGAAAUGGAUGAUACAGAUGAGACGGUAGUACAUGACAUGGAUGAUACAGAUGAGCCGGUAGUGAAUGAAAUGGAUGAGCCUGAUGGGGAUGAAAUGGAUGAUACAGAUGAGAUGGUAGUACAUGAAAUGUAUGAUACAGAUGAGCCGGUAGUGUUAAACGGAUGA